AUGCCUCAAUGGUCCAGCCGUUUAUUGUCAUCCAGCCCACGCUUUGAGCAGGCUGGUCAAAAAGUCGUCAUUGGGAACUCUACGCCUAAUGCUCAAAUACAACAGGCGGCUAUUGAGUCUAGACCAGCGGAAAGCCUUGCCAUUCCGGGUCUACCGAAUGCUAAUACAAACAACAAUAUUUCGGUGUCCUCUCUCACAUCAGCAAGCUCUAGUCAUGUUCGAUCAAUCAGUAAUCCAUUCCCGUCUUUCUUUUCUGGUAAGAAGAAGCGCUUUGCAGAUACCCCCACGAAUGUCGGUGCGACUGGUAUCGAAUCAACAGACCAAGAUAAAGAACCUCCUAUUACGAACCGAAAUAGCUCCACAAGUAAAGCUCCAAAACAAAAAUUUGCAGAAAAAGAUUUUGUAACAGGAAAAUGUAUGACCUGUGAUUCAAACGUCCGAUGGCCCAAGGAAUUGAACAUCUUCAGAUGUACAGUUUGUAUGACCAUUAACGAUUUGAAGCCCAUCAAGUUAGAGAAUAGACAUGAAGAUAAUCAAAGAAUACCCGUCUCAGGUACACCAAGGGCUGACUCCGGGCCCCAACAUCAUCAUCAUCAUUAUGUAUAUCCAUUGUCGCUUGAAACAACCAAAAAUAUCAUUGAAAACUGUAUUGCUGCUUACCUUAUAAGUUUUCUUUCUCAUAGUUCGGUGCCUUGCUUGUCGCCAUCGGAACACACAGAAUCAAAUCCAAAUACCAUAGAUAGUAGUGAAAGACGACCGGAAGCUAUCAAGCUUGAAAAAAAGAGUAAAAUUCAUACGUGCAUUACAGGUUCGACGCUCCCGCAUAAUGAGAAAGGUGAUAAUCAAAUCAAAGUUGAAGAUUUACAAGAAAACUCGCUAUCAAACUUACAACGAAUUGAAUCUACAUCACACUCUAUGGGGCAGUCUGCUGGCAAAUAUACCAAUCAAAAAGUCAAAGAAUUCAGUCAAAAGCCACCUUCUCCCCAUUACAUCAAUCCCAGGACUUCAUAUGAGGGCGAUGGGACCAUAUCCAGACCGAAAGCAGAUAUCAGUAGCAAGAACCUUUUUGAACCUUUAGAAGAGUAUAUAGUCAAGUCAUUUGGCUCCUUUGAAUGUGUCAACUAUUCAUUUAAUACUGUAAGACCUGUUUUUUCACCUAGAGCGGCCAGUGAGGGUUCAAAAUGUGUUUUACCCAUCUCUUCGCCGACUUCAAACCAGUUAGUCCCUGAAACAGAGAUAUCAGAAAUGGAUGCAAAAACCCUUCUUCUAGGUGAUUUUGCUGAAAAUGGGUCGUGGUGGACGGGAAAUAGGACAAAUUCGAACGUCCGCGAGGAUCCAAGCAUGCGUCGUGAACUAACUGGCAUUAUCCGUGGCUCAAAAGAUUCAGUUAACUCUAAAUCUCCCCGAAUUGAUUGGGUAGAAACUAACGAGUGGUACCAUAUUGUUCUUCAAGCUGGAAGGUCGUGGCGAAGGAGCUUGGAUUUCUUAACGAAAUCUAGCCCAAAAGCUUCGAAGUUAAGGAAGCCAACAGAGCAAGAGUUAGAUCAAAUUGAAGACGAAUUAUCGGACGCUCGAUAUCAUACACAACGAGUAUUGCUUAAGGUGACUGAAACUUUACUAAAACGUCCCGGUCGACCUCUCACUACCCCAAAUGACCUACGAUUUCUAUUGAUAAUUCUUGCGAAUCCUCUUCUCUAUACAACCUCUUCUACGCCAAGAGGAAAGCAACGGAUUCGAUCACGUUCCAAGUCUCCACCCCGAGGACCUACUAAUGGAACGAAAGGAACUACAGGACAGCAUUCAGGAAUUAUUAAGAGGAUUCUGGGACUUCUCUCAAAUGUGUCUUCCGAGUGCCAUCGCCAUCUAGUAUCUUGGUUUUCUAGGUAUUCUGAAAGUCAAUUUCAGCGAACAACUGAUUUAAUUAAUAACUUUGUCAUGUACAGACUUUUAAGGCAACAAGGAAGAAAGAAUAACGUUGAACAAGAUCCUACUGCUGGUCUAAUUCCAAAUAUUAGUGGGACGAAUCGGAAUAGUUCAGCAGCACUUCAUGCAGCUCUAGGUGUUGUUGGAAAAGUUUCUAAAAAGUCAGAUAACAACACAAAAACUUUUUUUUACGGAGAUGAUUGGCAAAUUAAAGCCGCGGCAAAAGUAAUGUCGCUUCUAUUUUCAGCAAAUAAUAGUGGACUCAAAAGAGAUGGCCAAGCCUAUGUGGGGUUAGAGCGUGCACAGAGCAUUGGAGUAGCUAUUCGCGAAAAAGCCUUCUAUCAUGGGCAAAUUAUACCAACUAGCAAUUUUUACAUAUCUCUACUUGAUUGUUCGGACCUUAUUGCCGAUUUUGAAGCUUGGGAGUCGCGAAGCGGAAGAUUUUCUUUUUGCCAAUAUCCCUUUUUUCUCAGUAUUUGGGCUAAAAUACAGAUUAUGGAAUAUGACACAAGGCGACAGAUGGAAGUCAAAGCAAGAGAGGCAUUUUUCGACAGCAUCAUGACGCGAAAAACUGUGAAUCAAUAUCUUUUUCUUAGUGUCAGGCGGGACUGUCUCAUCGAGGACAGUCUCAAGGCAAUUAGUGAAGUUGUAGGGACCGGAGGAGAGGAAAUAAAGAAAGGCCUGCGAAUUACUUUUAAAGGUGAGGAGGGUAUCGAUGCAGGUGGGCUCCGAAAAGAGUGGUUCUUGCUUCUUGUGAGAGAUGUCUUUAAUCCCGAACACGGUAUGUUUACUUAUGACGAGGACUCAAGGAUGUGUUACUUUAAUCCGCACAGUUUCGAGACUUCCGAUCAAUUUUUCCUUGUGGGUGUCAUUCUAGGACUAGCUAUAUACAACUCGACUAUACUUGAUGUUGCUCUACCCCCUUUUGCUUUUCGAAAGCUACUCGCUGCUAGUCCAUCGCCUGCUCCUGGAGCUGCUACGCAUACUAAACCAUCAAUGACAUAUUCUCUAGAUGAUCUAGCUCAGUAUCGACCAUCUUUAGCCAACGGCCUGCGUCAGCUACUCGAGUACGAUGGUGAUGUAGAAAGUACAUUUUUAAGAGAUUUUGUUGCCGAUUUUAAUCGUUACGGACAAGUAGUACAAGUUCCGCUAUGUCCUGAUGGCGAAAAUCGAACCGUCACAAAUGCAAAUCGAAGAGAAUUUGUCGAACUUUACGUUCGUUACUUGCUAGAUACAGCAGUAACUCGGCAAUUCGAACCCUUCAAAAGAGGAUUUUUCACUGUUUGUGGAGGCAACGCGCUUUCGCUCUUCAGACCAGAAGAAAUUGAGCUUCUUAUCCGUGGUUCGGAUGAGCCCCUUGACAUUACUUCUCUUAGAGCUGUUUGUGAAUGUGAAAACUGGGGUAAUCAUGUCAAUCCUGGCGAUGAGCCUGUUCUGGAUUGGUUCUGGGAAACCUUCGAAUCGUCUAGGCCGAAUGACCAACGGAAGCUUCUAAGUUUUGUCACAGGCAGCGACCGUAUUCCUGCUAUGGGAGCUACUAACCUUAUCAUAAAAUUAUCCUGUGCAGGCGAUGACGAAAAUCGUUUUCCCGUUGCGCGCACAUGCUUUAACCAAUUAUCACUUCCGCGCUAUUCGUCAAAACAGAGACUGGAAUCUAUGCUUUGGAGAGCUGUCAUCGAAAGUGAAGGGUUUGGGCUUAAGUAA